AUCCUUCUUAAUGAAGAGGGACAUAUCCAGCUUACUGACUUUGGUUUGUCUAAAGAGGCUAUCUACGAAAGUAAUGAGGAUCGCGCCUUCUCUUUCUGUGGCACUCUCGAGUAUAUGGCUCCUGAAGUAGUUAAUCGACGUGGGCAUGGGACGACUGCUGACUGGUGGAGCUACGGCGUACUUAUGUACGAAAUGCUGACGGGCUCUUUGCCCUUUCAAGGAAAAACGAAACGAGAAACGAUGAACCAAAUUCUCAAGUAG